AUGGCAGUGCAAAGACACACAGCGGCAUCAACAUCAGUAAGACCCGCAAUGAGGCUACAACAAGGAGUCUUUGAUGGUGUUCCCACAACAAGGUGCACCAAGUCAUUCAACAAAUUUCCACAUACCCCUAGCUUAAGGGUAUCUUUAGGGCAAGAGGCUUUAGGAGGGCUGGGGGUUGGGGUUGGGGUUGGGGUUGGGGUUGGAGGAGGUUGUUUUGGGGUUGGGGUUGGAGUUGGGGGAGGUUGUUUGGGGGUUGGGGUUGUGGUUGGAGGAGGUUGUUUUGGGGUUGGAGUUGUGGUUGGGGGAGGGUAUUUUGGGGUUGGGGUUGAGGGAGGAGGUUGUUUUGGGGUUGAGGGGGGAGGGUGUUUAGGUUUUGGGGUUGAGGGGGGAGGGUGUUUCGGUUUUGGGGUUGGGGUUGGGGUUGAGGGAGGAGGGUGUUUUGGGGAUUUUGGUGGUGUUGGUGGACAAUUAGGUAUAUGA